UUCAAAAGUCACACCGAUUAAAAUGUCAAAAGUAGGGUGUUGCGUAGUGUCCGCGAAACAACACUCGAUUACCACUCGCGCAUUGCUCUUUUUUUUUACUAUCGAGACAAGAAUAAUUCGAUAACGCGAAAAGAUUGCGGUUAUAUUCAAGAGAAACUUGAAACGUGAUAGGAACCCGACAAACGGAAGAUGCGUUCAGAGCCGACAUGACGCACGACCUAUGUACGUACUGCAUUAACUCUCAAAGCAACCCUCGAGAAAAUUCUAUCGAAUUUCAGGAUUUUCAGAGAGAUUUUUUAUCGGAAAACAUACGCAUCGAGAAUGGCUCAUAGUUCUCAAACUUAUGGAUCCACGGAUCAACGGUCAGAUGUACCUGAUGUGGGAUUUAGUCCUACUGAACUUUAUAGUCUCAGUGAAAAUAUUACUGCUAACAUAUAUAAAAUCAACACAACUUGGAAGACACUUGAACGUUCAUAUAAGAAUAUUGGAACCAAUAGAGAUAAUCAAGAACUGAGAGAUAAGGUGCAUGAAACACAGUUAAGCACAAAUCAAGUAGUAAAUCAAACAAGUAAAGAUAUUGCAAGACUGACAGUACUAAUGAGGAGAGGAGAUAAACAACAAAAAUUACAAAUAGAAAAGCUUACCACUGAUUUUAAAGAUGCCAUGAUGAGAUAUUCAGACAUGCAAAAGUCAGUAGCAGCAAAAAUGAAGAGAUAUAUUUUACCUACAACUAGUAUAGAGAGUCAUAUGGAUCCAGAAGAGGAGGAACAACAACGUCUACUCCAAGUACAAGAGGAUGAACACCAAGAGAAACAAAGGGAUCUUGAAUUCCAACAAGGAUUGCUAAUUGAGAGAGAAGAUAGAGUAAAACGGAUCGAGGGCGAUAUUUUAGAUGUAAAUCAAAUAAUGCGCCAGCUUAUGGCACUGGUAUAUCAGCAAGGUGACUCAGUCAACACGAUAGAUAAUGCUGUAGAAAAUAUACAUGGAAAUGUGGAGCUUGGAACACAAGAAUUAAUUAAGGGAAGUAAUUACCAAAGUAAAUACCGGCGAAAGGUUUAUGUACUGUUGUUACUCGCGAUUAUAGUCGUUGUUAUAUUAAUUAUUAUUCUAGUCACUAAAUUAAGUUAGCGCUCCUAACCAUCAUAGAUAUGAGUAAGUGAAAAGGGCUGUCUCAAUCUAUCUUAUAUUGAUUGUAGAAUGAAUAUCAAGGAAAAUAUGAAUUGCCAGUUUGUAUAUUGGUCAAUGCAAUAUGGGGAGAGGAUAGACUUAUUUUAUAUUCAUCUUGUAAAUUGAUUAACAUGUAAUUUGAAUGUAUUAUUUUUUAUUAUUUUCAAAUGUUCAAAACGUUUUAUAUUAUUCUUAAUGUAUCUCUGCUUUUUACCUUUACUUUCUGGAUUAUUUUAGAUUAAAACAUAACAAAGGUAUAUCGAAUACCUGCACUAUCCUUUAUAAUAGAUUUAUUAUAGUGGCAAAAAUAAAUUUGUACUUUUGUUCCACGAAACGAUUAACUAAUUCGGAAUAAUAUAAAGUAACUAUUGUCACUUCUGUUAUAUCAAAUUAUAAUCUUAUACAAAAUUU